AGAGCGAAGCGGGCGCCAUCUUGUCCGAUGGCAGAACCGCGAGCGGCUGACAGCUCAGCGCCAGCCCCGAGUCACGGUCCCUUCAGCCGGCACCAUGACCAACGUGUCCUACCACAUCUCCAACCUGCUGGAGAAGAUGACCUCCAGCGACAAGGAUUUCAGGUUUAUGGCUACCAAUGACCUGAUGGUCGAGUUACAGAAAGAUUCCAUCAAGUUGGAUGAUGACAGUGAGAAGAAGGUGGUGAAGAUGCUGCUUAAACUGCUGGAGGAUAAAAAUGGAGAAGUACAGAACCUGGCUGUGAAGUGCUUGGGCCCUCUGGUCAGCAAGGUUAAAGAGUAUCAGGUGGAGACGAUUGUGGACACGUUGUGUACCAACAUGCUGUCUGACAAAGAGCAACUACGGGACAUAUCCAGUAUUGGCUUGAAGACUGUCAUUGCAGAACUACCUCCUGCUUCUAGUGGUUUAGCUCUAUCUGCCAAUGUGUGCAAGAAAAUCACUGGGCGUCUGACAAGUGCUAUUGCCAAGCAGGAGGAUGUAUCUGUCCAGCUGGAAGCCUUGGAUAUCCUAUCUGAUAUGUUGAGCAGGUUGGGUGGGACCCUAAUCACGUUUCAUUCUUCUAUCCUGAGUUGUCUGCUGCCCCAGCUUUCAAGUCCAAGACUAGCUGUGCGUAAGAGAGCCAUUAUCUGUCUGGGACACCUGGUCAUGAGCUGCAGCAGCUGCCUCUUUUCAGAAUUAAUGGACCAUCUCAUGGUAGAACUGUCAAAGAAUGAAUCUACCUCUAUGACCAGAACCUACAUCCAGUGCAUUGGUGCCAUCAGUCGACAGGCUGGACACAGGGUUGGUGAGCAUCUGGAGAAGAUUAUUCCGCUAGUUGUGAAGUACUGCAACGUGGAUGAUGAUGAGCUGCGGGAAUACUGCUUCCAGGCAUUUGAGUCAUUUGUAAGAAGGAGUCCAAAGGAGAUGUCAGUUCACAUUCCCGCUAUGAUUGGACUGUGCCUAAAGUAUAUCACAUAUGAUCCUAAUUACAACUAUGACCAAGAUGAGGAUGAUGAAGAUGCUAUGGAAACAGACAAAGGUGAUGAAGAGGAAGAUCAAGACAGUGAAGAGGAGUACACAGAUGAUGAUGAUAUGAGUUGGAAAGUGCGUCGAGCUUCAACUAAGUGUUUGGAUGCCAUUGUAAGCACCAGGCACGAAAUGCUGCAGGAGUUUUAUAAGACUGUCUCGCCAGCUCUCAUCAGUAGGUUCAAGGAACGGGAAGAGAAUGUGAAGGCUGAUAUAUUUCAUGCUUACGUGUCUCUCCUGAAGCAGACAAAACCAGUCCAGAGCUGGUUGCAGACUGCAGAUGUGCUGGAGCAGGGAGAUAUGCCCCUUGUGAUGCUUCAAAAUCAAGUACCUAGCAUAGUGAAAGCUUUGCACAAGCAGCUUAAGGAAAAGAGUAUGAAGACACGGCAAAGCUGUUUCAACCUUCUAACUGAACUGGCUAGUGUCCUACCUGGAGGCUUGUCAGAACAUGUACCAGCUCUGGUGCCAGGCAUUAUUUACUCCCUCACUGACAAAUCAAGUACCUCAAACAUGAAGAUUGAUGCACUGACCUUCUUCCAUGUCAUCCUCUGCAAUCAUCCACCAGAAGUAUUUCACCCUCAUGUUAAGACUUUGUUGCCUCCAACUGUGGCCUGCAUUAGUGAUCCUUUCUACAAAAUAACCUCUGAGGCUUUGCUUGUUACCCAGCAACUUGUAGAGGUGAUCCGCCCAUUGAACAAACCUUGUUCAUUUGACGCUAAACCAUAUGUGAAGGAUUUGUUUAGUAGCACUUUGAAGAGAUUAAAAGCCGCUGAUAUUGACCAGGAGGUGAAGGAGAGAGCUAUUGCUUGUAUGGGACAAAUCAUUUGUAACCUGGGGGACAAUCUGGGUGCUGAUCUGAAUCCCACUUUGCAGAUCUUCCUUGAACGACUGAAAAAUGAGAUCACACGACUCACCACAGUCAAAACCUUGACCCUGAUUGCAAGCUCUCCAUUAAAAAUUGAUCUGCGCCCAAUUCUUGGUGAGGCUGUUCCCAUCCUGGCGUCUUUUCUAAGGAAGAACCAGCGUGCGUUAAAACUAAGCACCCUUGCUGCUCUAGAUAUCCUGAUUAAGAAUUACAGUGACAGUCUAAAGCCAAUGAUGAUUGAGUCUGUCUUGAAGGAGCUUCCAUCCCUCAUUGGAGAGAGUGACAUGCACGUCUCUCAAAUGGCAAUCACCUUCUUGACAUCUCUAGCCAAAGUUUACCCAUCGUCUGUCUCCAAGAUUGGUGGGUCCAUAUUAAUUGAGCUGUUCAACCUGGUUCGCUCACCACUGCUGCAAGGAGGGGCUCUGAGUGCAAUUUUGGACUUCUUCCAGGCUUUGGUCAUAUCCAAGGCUCCCAAUAUGGGCUAUAUGGAGCUGCUCAAGCAGUUGACAGGGACUGUCUAUUCAUCAGCUCAGUCAGGUGGUCCUGUGAUUUUGCACAAGCAGGCCUAUUACUCCGUGGCGAAAUGUGUGGCUGCACUUACUUCAGCUUGUCCAAAGGAUGCCAGUUCAGUGGUGAACCAGUUUGUUCAGGAGGUGAAGAAUCCAAAAUCCUCUGAUUCGGUCCGUUUGCUUGCUCUCCUUUCUUUAGGUGAGAUAGGCCGCACCAUGAAUCUGGGUGCACAAAAGGAGCUCAAGGUGGUAAUCCUUGAAGCAUUUUCAUCACCUAGUGAAGAAGUAAAGUCUGCUGCCUCCUAUGCAUUGGGAAAUAUCAGUGUGGGAAACCUUAGUGACUAUCUUCCUUUCAUACUCAAGGAGAUUAGCGGUCAACCCAAGCGUCAGUACCUGUUGCUGCACUCACUGAAAGAGGUUAUUAGUUCUUCCUCAGCUGAUAGCUUAAAACCUUACAUUCAAGACAUUUGGGCCUUACUGUUCAAAAACUGUGAGUGUGUUGAAGAAGGAACUCGGAAUGUAGUGGCUGAAUGCCUAGGAAAGUUGACCCUCAUCGACCCAUCCCAUUUGUUACCCAGGCUGAAAAAACAACUCACUUCUGGUUCUGCCUAUGCACGAAGCACAGUGGUGACUGCUGUCAAGUUUACGAUUUCAGACCAUCCACAAUCAAUUGACCCCCUAUUAAAAGGCUGCAUUGGUGACUUCUUGCGGACUCUGGAAGACCCGGAUCUCAAUGUCAGGCGUGUUGCCUUGGUCAUGUUCAACUGUGCGGCUCAUAAUAAGCCUUCAUUGAUCAGGGAUUUGCUGGAGACUGUGUUGCCACAGUUAUACAAGGAAACCAAGGUCAGAAAGGAGCUCAUUAGAGAGGUGGAAAUGGGACCUUUUAAACACACUGUGGAUGACGGACUUGAUAUUAGGAAAGCUGCCUUUGAAUGCAUGUACACUUUGCUGGAUAGUUGUCUGGAUAGGUUGGACAUCUUUGAGUUUCUGAACCAUGUGGAAGAUGGAUUAAAGGAUCAUUAUGAUAUCAAGAUGCUGACUUUCAUCAUGUUGGCACGUCUGUCAACUGUCAGCCCUAGUGCAGUACUUCAGAGAUUGGACAGGCUAGUAGAACCACUGCGUGCAACAUGCACUACUAAGGUGAAGGCCAACUCGGUGAAGCAGGAAUUUGAGAAGCAGGAUGAGUUGAAACGCUCAGCGAUGAGAGCAGUAGCAGCUCUGCUCACGAUCCCAGAAGCAGAGAAGAGUGCUCUGAUGGCAGAAUUCCAGUCACAGAUCCGGUCUAACCCGGAGAUGGCAUCUAUUUUUGAAAGCAUUCAGAAAGACAACACAUCAGUGACUAGCACGGAAAUAAUGGACCUCAGCUAGAAAAGAAAGUAAACCAAAAGGAUCUGAACAAGAUGCCUUGCCUUCAUAACUAACUUCUGUGUGAAAUGUUAUUUAUAUUGCCAUUUAGGUUUUAAUUUUCUGUUGCAGAACCACCUCUGGCUGGUAUUUACAGGCCAGCUUUCUCAGUGUUGCCUUUGCAUGACUUUCCUGCUGUUUCUGCUGCUAGUGCAGUUAAGGCCAUGUCCCUAUUGCCCCAGCUCCACAGCUACCAUGUGGGGUGCCAGGGGUUAAAAGUGAAUCAAUGGUCACACUCCUUCCCACUUGUUGAGAAAGGAAGGCAAGCUAGAUGAUGAAAAGAGAAGUGAACGAGUCUUUUUAGCUGCACUUAUGUGACCUAUUUGAGGCUUAAAAUAAAGUCUUCCGAAUGGGUUUAUUUUAUUGGCCUUGCAACUGUUAGUAAGCCCUGAUCUGUUAGUUCUGCUGUAAAAUUGCAUGCCAACCUGAACUGUACCAUUUUAAUAAUGGACAGGCUGAUUCAGUGCAAGACUCUGUUCUGCAUGGAGUUCUCAUGCUACAAUCUGGAGGUUCCCUUGCUUGCCAUAUAAACAGUUUGUUGCUUUCACAAACAGAAGGAAAAUCUGGCUCUUGGUCAAGGGGUGUGCGUGGGUGAGAUUUACAAAGGACUUGAAACUUACAAUAUUCCGAAAUCUCAAGUGUGCUGGCAAAGCCACAAUGAAGAAGAUGCCUGAACAUUGCAUUGGAUAAGCAACCCUGAAUGCUUUUUAGUUUGACACAGACUGUAAUGGUGAGCUGUAUUUUGCAAUCAUGCCUCUUCUUACCCUACAUUAGCACAAGAUCUAUUAAACUUCCUAUGCGAUCCAGCUGAGAUGGGGAACUGACAUGAGGGCCUUAAGUCUCAUUGAGUGUUUCAGCAUUAAUGGCCUGUUGUUAGUGUAUGUAUCGUCCUACACUGUUGCUAGAUCUAUCCUAUUGCGAAAUACACGUGCACAAACCUAAACCUUGGACAUGGUGCAAAGUUAUAAGCUGCCAGGUACAGAUACGAUCUCUCAUGCUGCUGCAGUCAUGACAUUGCCUGUAUUCCUUAGGAAGCUGAAAUUGAGUGGGUGGGCCAGAUUUUCGAAAUAAGCAAUGUGAGGCUUGCCCAGUUCCAGGAUGUGGCCUGGGGAGGUGCAUUAGGUUGUUUUCUCAUUGACUGCUGAGGUUAGGAUCAGUGGCACUUAAAUCUCUGCCAGAUCAUUUCUUAUCCAGAUGAGGUGUUACUGAUACGCUGAACUUUAGUUGACAAUGACCAAAUUCUUUCUGUGAGGUCCUUUCCUGGUAGAAUGGGUGACAAAUUGAAUAAGGUACUUCUCAUAAAAUGGGGUAAAGCAAUACAUUUAAAGUAUUUUGGCUCUGUGGAAGAAAUUCAUUAGGAAUAAAAACUUUGGAAUGCUGUGACUAUGUUAUGGACCACCUCCCCAUCCACCAAUCUGCAGUGAAGUUCAUUCAGUGCCAAUAUCUUAAUCUAUUCCUUCAUUUCCUUGCUUUUGAAAACUGAAUUAAAUAAAGUGCACUGUUCAACCUGGGAUCCUGAAGUGAAGCAGCAAUCAAGGUUCCUUGUGUUAUUUUUCAGCUGUUUGUCAGUAUUUGAUUUUGAAUUAAAUAUGAGCGAGAUCA